AUGGCUUCAAAGUUUCUAAGAAAACUUAGUGUAGGUUUAGUUCAUUCAGAGGAUCCAAAUUGUGUUUACUUUACCCAAGUAGCAGCAGCUGUAAGUGGUACUGCUCUUUUGCAUUUUGUGCUCUUGGUUUCAUGGUGGGUAUCCAAGAGCUGGAACCAACUAGGAGGGCCACCAUUGCCACCAGGGCCUCUAGGCUUGCCUUUAGUUGGUAACCUUCCAUUCCUAGAACCUGAUCACCAUCGAUUCUUUACCAAAUUGGCUAAAAUCUAUGGUCCUAUCAUGAAACUCCAAUUGGGUCCAAAGCUAUGUGUGGUAUUGACUUCACCUUCCUUAGCUAGAGAAGCCCUUAAAGACCAUGAUACAAUAUUUGCCAACCGUGAUCCACCACUUGUAGCAUCAACAAUGACUUAUGGUGGUAUUGACAUUGAGUGGAGCCUUAAUGGUCCACAAUGGCGUAUGAUGCAUAGCAUAUUUGUUCAUGAAUUGAUGAGUAACAAAAUCCUUGAAACUUGUUAUAGUCUCAGGCGACAAGAGGUUCAAAAAAUGGUGAAAGAGGUGUUUGGUAAGAUUGGAACAUUUAUUAACAUCUGUGAGGUUACGUAUCUCACCAUGCUCUCCCUGAUUAUGAACAUGUUGUGGGGUGACACGUUACAAGGAGACGAGCCCCGUAUGAUGCAUAGCAUAUUUGUUCAUGAAUUGAUGAGUAACAAAAUCCUUGAAACUUGUUAUAGUCUCAGGCGACAAGAGGUUCAAAAAAUGGUGAAAGAGGUGUUUGGUAAGAUUGGAACAUUUAUUAACAUCUGUGAGGUUACGUAUCUCACCAUGCUCUCCCUGAUUAUGAACAUGUUGUGGCGUGACACGUUACAAGGAGACGAGAAGACUAGCAUUUGUGAAGAGAUCUGA